AUGGAAAAGCCGGACAGUGGUACACGAGAGGCGUUGGAGGAUAGAGAUCCUAAUAAGCUAAACCAGCAUAUUCAGAUAGUAUGGGAUGACAUAGUGGGCGAGCCAGAGGGCGCGAGGAGCCCGGAGUGCGCGUGGCGUCUCAGCCACAUCUGCUUCCGGCAUGCGAGGGACUGGUGCUACACGUUGCUGGCCGUGCUAGUGGCCCCGCCCUGCGCCCUAGUGUUGGGUUGUGGCUUCGCUUGCUUAGCUUUUGAGCAAAUAUGGUGUUCGACACCAUGUCUGAGAUGCCUGAAGAUUUACUGGGCAUCUCUCCGCACUCUGGUACAGUCGUGUAUGGUGGCCACUGUUGCGCCCGCCAUGGAAGCAGUUGGUCACGUAUGUCGUCACAUCAGAAUUAAUGUACGACGAGACGCGCCAGAGGAUCGGGAUUUGUUAAUCAUU